GUGGGAAUCGGUCAGAUACUGCAUUCGAGCGCAAGCGAUUCAUCUGGACGUAGGCACGCGACUCAUCUGGAGACAUUUCUACCAUGGAACACCUCACGUCUGAACUUACUUCAUUCGUUGAAUGGCUGGGAGAAUACAGCCCAGAGCUUAUUGCUGGUUCAUCAGAGGGCAAAGGCUCUGCAAUAGGGAAGACCACUUCUAAUGACAUGGACUGGAAAAGAGACAACGCUGAGGAUACGAUAACUAACUGGCUGCAGCUCUUGCCAAAAACACACGGCAAACGGCAAGUGGUCAUCGCCUCUCUGGCUUUCCACAAGACCUGGGCACAGGUAUGUCGUCUGCUGGAAAGCCUGGAGGAGGAGUACACGAGGAUGGAGGACUCGUGCUGUGCAACAGGCAAGCCGGACUCCAGCACUCAGAUAAUUCUUGUGACUUCCAUGAUCAGGAAACACCUGGAACAGAAGGAAUUCUUCCUCAAGGCCUGCAUGUUAACCAAGGGCAUCGCAGAUAUCUUCUACCGGUACGUAGAGAGGAAUGGCGAUACAAUGGGAAGGCUGAGUCACGACCAAGUAGAGCAUGUUACAGGCAUCUUGACUGAUUUGUGUAAGAGGGAGAACAGUCUCCUCUGUUUAUGGAAUGUAAGAAAGCAGCAUCUGGACCAGUGUCUGCAGUAUUUGGCUUUUGAACGCCGUGCCAUACAGGCCCAGAAGAGAUUACAAGACAUGGGCGAGCUUUACCUGUCGAUGCACUACUCCACCGGCUCAGGCAUCGGCUUCAGGCAGGAGCUGCUGAAGGAGAAGGAAAACCUUAACAUCAUCAGCAAGCAAAUUGAAGAAUGCGUUAAGCUUCUCAUCCAACUGGCAGACGGGUACUGCGCCAAAGGACACAGCCAUGCCAGCAAGAUGAUAAAAAGUGUUUUGGCAGUCGACCAGUGCUACCAAGAUUUGAACCGGCGAAUGGAAAAGCACCGCUCCAGCAUCGAGAAAUUGACUGGCGCUAAGUACUCGGCUGCCCAUUACACCAGGGAGAAAAACCAUGAAGAUAAAGACACCUUGAACAGAGACGGUAUGAUGCCAAGAUCGUGUCGCACACUCAAGCGCGGUCUUAAACUGGAGUUUAAAGGAACAGGUCCCAGCUGGCAAAAGUGGCUCAACAAAAGCGUGUGGUGGCCAAACCAUAAUUAAGAAGUACAGUGGCUGGCAAACAAGAAGAGAGGUUUGACGAAGAGACCCCCUCUCGGGAACCACCUGUAAAAUGUAAAAAAAAAAAAAAAAAAACGGCUGUAUAACUGUAUGGUACCUUUCCAAAAAGUAAACUUUUUAUUUAUUUUUGUACUUUUGCAUUAUUGUGUAUAUUUUUGUAAAUAGUUAUGUUUUUCACUAAAUAAAUUGCCAUUGG